GGGAUAAAUCACAGUAUCAGACUACUACUUGUAUACCAGAAUACACAUAGUAUAUAUUGGAUGUAACAAAGAUUUAUGUGUAGAAUUCAAUGGCCAUGGCUUCAUUACAAAGAUUUGGGACAUGGGCAGUUGAAUGUUCGAAACCCAGUAGCAGCAGUAGCCACACAAAGCAAUUUAUAAGGCCAAUAAUACCCAUAUCAAGAAGGUCUGUAAUUCUCAUUUCUGUGCUCUCUUUGGACCUCAUUUCACCGCCAUUGCAAACACUAGCUAGAGAGAGGCGCAACAGGAAAGUCAUCCCUCCCGAAGAAUACCUCACCAGCUCUGAUGGACUGAAAUAUUUUGAUAUUGUUGAAGGAAAGGGUCCAGUAGCUGAAAAGGGCUCUACAGUUCUGGUCCACUUUGAUUGUGCCUAUCGUGGUAUUACAGCAAUUUCAAGUCGAGAGUCGAAACUAUUAGCUGGUAAUCGCAGCAUUGCACAGCCUUAUGAGUUUAAGGUUGGGGCUACCCCUGGAAAAGAACGAAAGAGAGACUUUGUAGACAAUCCAAACGGAUUAUUUUCUGCACAGGCAUCACCAAAACCUCCGCCAGCCAUGUAUUCAGUUGUUGAAGGGAUGAAAGUUGGGGGAAAGAGGACUGUCAUUGUUCCUCCAGAAGCUGGAUAUGGCAAGAGAGGAAUGAAUGAGAUUCCGCCGGGCGCCACUUUUGAUCUGAAUAUAGAGCUCUUGCAGAUAAUGCAGCCCGAAGGAAAGUAGGUUGUUGUGAACUGAGAUCUGGGCAAGUACAUAAAGUUCUGGUUUGGUUAAACUACAUCUCUUAUAUCAGUGAAAACUGAAUUUCUGAGGCUUACAUCUUCCAUUCUUUAGUCUUCUUUUCCUACUUCAACACUGAAGUUCUGUUGUUAUACACUUAUACCAGAUAGUUUUAAAGUGUUGAUUAACAUUCUAGAGCUCAAUAGCCUGCUCAAGUUGUAACAGAGUCUUCCAAAUUUUGCUUUCUUAUUUAUUUCAGAAACUUAAUACGA